AGCUUUUAUUAUCUUGAUUUAAUUGUUUUUCAUAUUUGAUUGUGAUCGAAUUUAAUUUCACCUUCUAAUUAUUAUUGUUUUGUUUUCCUUCUGUGUUAUUCCUUUGGCUUGGAAUUCUAUGGGUGAAUUGUUUAGAUGAUUUUGUUGAUAUUCUAAUAAUUUACCUUUUUGAUUCAUUUCAUUUUUGUUGAAAAUAAUUGAUAAUCAGUGAUAUACUUGAUAUGUUGAGACUUGGUCGACUCGUGAUACUUCAACGUCAAGGUUUAGAAACUACUGUUGCUUGUGCUUACCUUCAUAAUGGACGAUCAUCUAAUAGCUCAAAGAAAUCAAAGAGACGUGAUAAAGGUUCAUCAGAGGAAAAGAUUACCAAUAGGGAGAUUAAUUUGUUUGAUCGACCUGAUGCUCGAACACCAUUACCUGGAUCAGUUGGUUUAGUUCCACCAAUUCGAGAUGAGCCAAGAAUGAUUGUUAAUAAAAAGACGAUCACCAUCAGAGAGAUUAUCGAGGAAGAACAAAUUUUAGGAUAUCUAAAGGAAACUGUGAGCUUACAAUCACCUUCUGAAAUACCAGCCGAUGAAUUACCAAACAAUAUAAGGUUAGACAUGAUUGUCCAAAAGUGUCCCCAGUUAAUUGAAAAUGAUUUACAAAAAGUGUUUCCUUACAAUGUUUUCGGACGCGAUUUAACCUUAAUAACAUUUAACCGACGUUCAUUAAUCAACAAUGUUGAUGGUGAUGAUGAAAAAAUAGAGAUGAGGAAAACUUCAACUGAAACAAUUGACGGUGCAGAUAAUUUAAACCUAGUCGAUGAUUUUGUUAAUCUUGCCGAUUUAAUUUGUCAACGGUUGAAAAAGGCUGGUUAUUGGGCUGAUUUUAUCGAUCCAUCAGUUGAUUGGUCGCAAUUAAGGAAACCAAAUAAUUCAAUGUUAAUUGAAGUAACUGUUCGCUAUCAUCAAUUAGGUUUCACCCUGGAAACAAAUGGUAAAUGUAAAGUCAUUUCUCACCAUAAGUUAGGAACUAAUCUUUAUGUUGGAUCUUUGUUGACAAAUGCAUCUCAUGAUUCACCUCAACUCUUAAGAAUCCUAGAAUUGUUCAGAAAAUAAUAGGAUAAUUUACUAAAUCUAUAAACAAAAAUGAACAGAGUUGAACUUGUUGUAUGUAAAUAUUAUCAAAUGAAAAACUAUUCACAAGUUAAUUACCAACUAAAGAUGAUAAACAAAAUUCAUCUUCUUGGCAAGUAAACAUUAACUCGUGAGUAUCUUAUGAACUUAUAUAUUUUCAGCUGAUUGAACUUAAUAAAUUUGUUAGGUUGACUUGUGAAACAAUUA